AUGCUAUACAAAACCAUAGAAAUUUUACCUUAUUGGAUAUUUCAUCUACCAUUGUUACAUGGAAAUCGUCAUCAGCAGAAUUUCACUUAUAAAUUACGAAAUAACAGUCAAAAUAAAUACCAACAACAACCAAGUAGUUAUCAAGUUAACAAACAAUAUAAAAAUACAGAACAACAAAAAUUUAUGAAAUUUGAACAUUUACCAUCAACAUCAAAAAUGGCAACACGACAUGUUUUACUAAACGAUGAUUCAACUGCUACUAUCACUAAUGAUAAAUAUCCUGCAUUUGAAUCGUAUAACAAGGAUCUUUCGAAAGUUUAUCAUCAUUCUAAGAAUUUAACCAUUUAUUAUUUACCAAAUCAAACAUCCAUGAUGAAAACAAUAAGUGGAUAUGAAGUACAUAGAGAUUGUUAUUUGAAUACAGAUGGUAGACAAGAAAUCCCAUGUAUAUUAAAUCCAUAUCCGUUAUAUGAAAUGAUUAGAAAAUUCCCUAAUGUAGAUAUACAUAAAUUAUAUCAUAGUUCUGAAAUGAGUUUAUCUCAACCUUUCAAUCAUAAACAAAAAUUAAUUAAAAUGUUAUUAACUUAUGAAACUGGUGAAAAUGUUUAUCUUCCAUGUCAUACGUUAGGUGCAGAAGACAGUGAGACAAUUAUCUGGGAGAAAGGACAAAAUCCUUUAUUUGUAUCUACAGUUAGUUUCAUGCAAGACUCUAGAUUUCGUUUAAAUAUUAGUGAUGAUAAUUAUUUUAACAAUGAAACUUAUCGUUUUAACAUGAAAACAAAAUAUCUCAAAGAUUACAAUGAAAAAUCUAUAUUAAAAGGAAAUAAGUUAUCUUAUCAAAAUUAUUUAGAUAAAUAUAACUUUAAAAAUAAUUGGAAACGUCGUCGAUGGGAUUUGAUUAUUGACUUUGUAACACCGACAGAUUCAGAUAUUUAUACAUGUAUGCUUAUGGGAAGAACAUCACAAAUGAUUAGUUACCAUGUAAUUGUAAACGAAUCAGCCUCUAGAAUCAACUACAGUCGAAAAAGAUUAAUUCCAAUAUCAUCUUCAACCUUGACUACUAUUUGA